ACUACGGUAAUAGCCUCAAAAUACUAUUUCACUUGAUUUGGCGAACAAAGACUGUUGAGUCCAUUAAAGAUUCGUAACUUACAGAUAUUUACAAAAAUCGAAAUCAAAACUUGUUCUUUUAACUUUAUUGAAAUGAUUAGACAUUUUGAAUUUUUUACGGCAGAACGUCGCCUGGUUCAACAUAAUGCACUCUCAAAUUUGAAAGACACUCGUCUUGGAAUUGAAGGUACACAUUGGCUUAGGAAACUUUUACAAAAUUCAGCGAAAGAGCCUGCGACUGCUGCUUUAGGUGGAAUACCAAUUGGGUUAAAAGCAGCAAUAGAAAAAGAACUUGAAUUAAUAAAAUCAUAUGGAAUUACACCAGUCUUUGUGUUUAAUGGGCUUAACGUAAUUAGAAAAGAUAAGCCAUUCUCUACGGAAGAUACAAGACCCACGAAACGUGCUCAAGCUUGGGAUUUUUAUGAGAAAGGUUGGGUGGAUUCAGCUUAUAGUACUUGGGCAGGAUCUGGGUUUAUAAAUCAACCAGACUUAUAUUAUCUUGUAUUCAGUAUUUUGAAAGAGAAUGACAUAGAAUUUAUACGUGCACCUUAUUUGGCUUGGGGACAAUUAGUGUAUUUAGAACGUCAUCCAAAAGGAUUCAUCCAUGCAAUAUACGGUGGAUCAGAAUUGUUAAUAAAGGUACAUAUUCUUGGCUCAGCAAGAAGUCUAUUUUGCUCGACUUAUCUAUAACAGACGAGCAAUUUCUUGACGUUUGCAUUCUUGCGGGAUUUGAAAUUUGUAAUACUUUUCCACCUCUUAAUUCCGAGUAUAGUACUUUCACUUUCAAAAGUGUACAUGAUUUAGU